AUGGCCCAGACGCUCAUUGAUCCUGAAGGAGAGGUCCUGAUCCACAAUUACAAAUUGCGCCCGUCGGGUCAGCAGAGGAUAUUUGGAGUGAUGGUAAUGGACGAGCUCAAGGUCGUGGAAACACCUUUUGGCCGCGUCGGGCUGUUGGAAUGUUGGGAACACUUCCACCCAUCCAUGACCUUUCUGAAGCGAGCACACGCCGAAGCAAUGCACAUCGGCCAUUCCCAUGCAUGCCUGACUAUGGAGGAGCAGGAACAAGCCUUGGGAGGCCGCAGAGGUGAAAAUGCCGGGUGUCUGUUUGUUGGACGAGCCGCGGCAUUUUACCCGUCUGGUCUGGAGACGGCACAAAUCUCGGCAAACGCGUCGUAUACAAAGCAUCCGUACUUGCUUGUUUCUGUGAACACCACGGGAUUUGCCACUAUUCAGCCGUCUGUUCAGAGGGAGCAAUCGUGGGCUGUGCUGGAGCAGAUCUGGAUUGGCGGGCUGGAGGAUGUGCCGAAGGUGAUUGGGGAGUUCACCAAGCCGGUUAUGAACUCUGUCAAUGAUUUCUGA